AUGCACUUCAACGCCGUCCUCACCUCCGGCCUCGUCGCCGUCGCCGCCCGCCAUGCCGGCGCCGUCCCUUGCCCGAGAUCUCCCCCGGUUUACAAGCCCAUCACCAGCAUUCAGCUCGGCCCGAGACCCUACUGGUUGAUCAACGACAUGGACGAGGGCCCUCUCAAGGAGAAGCUGCAAUCCUGCUCCGAGCAGCCCAUCAAGGCUUCCAACUGGAGCAUUGGUCACCGCGGCGGCGGUACCAUGCUGAUUCCCGAGGAGUCGGUUGAGUCGAACCUGGCUGGCGCCCGCAUGGGUGCUGGUAUCCUCGAAUGCGACGUCGCCUUCACCAAGGACCGCGAGCUGGUGUGCCGCCACUCCCAGUGCGACCUCCACACCACGACCAACAUCGUCGCCAUUCCCGAGCUCAAUGCCAAGUGCACCACUCCCUUCACGCCGGCCUCCAACGGUACCGCUGCUACCGCCAAGUGUUGCACUUCGGACAUCACGCUCGCCGAGUUCAAGUCGCUCUGCAGCAAGAUGGACGGCUCCAACUCUUCUGCUAUCACCCCCGAGGACUUCCUCCACGGCACUCCCAACUACCGCACCGACUUGUACGCCACCUGCGGCACCGUCAUGUCGCACAAGGAGCACAUCGCUCUGACCAAUGACCUCGGCCUGAAGUUUAGCCCCGAGCUCAAGCUUCCCGAGGUCGAGAUGCCCUUCGAGGGCGACUAUACCCAGGAGCAGUACGCCCAGCAGAUUGUCGACGAGUACAAGGCCGCGGGCGUCGCCCCCGAGCGCGUCUGGCUGCAGUCCUUCCACUACCCGGAUGUCUUGUACUGGCUCAAGGCCGAGCCUGAGUUUGGCAAGCAGGCUGUCCUCCUAGACGAGAGCGGCGACACCCCCGAGACCUACCCGGACGCCGUCGCGAACCUGACCAACUACGCCGCCGCCGGCGUCCCCAUCAUGGCGCCCCCUCUGUACUACCUCGUCACCGUCGAGGACGGCAAGAUCGUGCCCAGCAGCUAUGCCAUCAAGGCCAAGGAGCUGGGUCUGAAGCUUAUCUCCUGGUCUCUGGAGCGUUCUGGUUUCCUGGGUGACGGCACCAACGGCGGCUACUACUACACCUCCAUCGCCAACGUCACCAACAACGACGGCGAUGUUUACAACCUCCUGGACGUCCUUGCACAGGAUGUCGGUGUUCAGGGUGUCUUCUCCGAUUGGAGUGCCACUGUUACCUACUACGCCAACUGCUUUGGGUUGUUCUAG